AUGGGACUCACCCACGACCAACCAUCACCGGAAGCUGCCGUGAUCGGCACCAGACAACUCCCCCGUCCCAAUCGCCAAAGAGCCUCCGUCGCGUGUCUUCACUGCCGCAACCGAAAGAUACGAUGCGAUGUCUCUCGUCGAGGUUACCCCUGCGCCAACUGUCGCCUUGACGAUACGGAGUGUGAGGUUGUGGGCCGCUCAUCAUCUAGGGCAUCGAAGCGACGAAAAGAUAGCUUGGUUACUUCAUUGGACGAGGAUCCUCCAACAGCUGACACGCCCUCUACUAACUAUCCCACGGACGCUCUCAAUGCUAUGCCGAUUAUUUGGGAAUCCUCUUCCCCGACAGAGACCUUAGCACGCGACGAAACGGCAACUCUAAUCGAUGUUUUACCAUCAUGCGAGGCGAAUAUGCAAGAUUUGGGGGCCCUCCCGAGGAGUGUGGUAUCAUCUGCGGCGAUGGCAACCACAACACAAUUUCGACGUCCGAGUGAUGCGCGGAGGAAAGAAGGGCGCAGUGAUGUGUUAUAUACGUAUCAUCCAUUCCUCAGCCGUAAUGACCUGUCUCAUCUCUCCCCCAGAGAUUUAAAUCUCCUAGAAUCGCAGUCCUGUCUGCGGGUGCCAACUCGUCCGAUCCUCCACGAGUUCAUCCGGCAAUAUUUCUUAUAUAUCCACCCUCUUCUGCCCAUGAUGGAUGAGGCUCGCUUUUGGAGAAUUUAUAGAGGGGAGGAUGGCCCAAAAGAGUAUAUUUCUCUUUUGCUCAUCCAAGCGAUGCUCUUUGUUUCAUGCAACUAUGUAUCACCUGAAAUGGUCCAGUCCUUGGGCUUCUCUUCAAACAGAUCUGCCCGAGCAGAAUUCUACCGGCGGGCGAAGAUCUUAUACGAUAUGAAUUCCGAACUGUCUUCGUUUACAAUUAGCCAGGCCGCCUUACUCCUGACCUCCUGGACGCCGCCCGCGAAUCCAAGAGGUAUGAAGCCCAACACUCAGUGGCUCUCCAUAGCGAUAGAGCAUGCUAGAGCCGAGGGGGCACAUCUCUACGGACAGCAACGGGGUCUAAGCUCUGAGGGCUCUAGCGCACAUCAAGCCCUGGCGAAAAGGAUAUGGUGGUGUUGUAUCAUUCGCGACCGGAUUCUAUCUCUUGGUGUGCGGCGAAGGAUUCAAAUUGACCGCGAAAGUUUCGACUUCGACUCGAACAGGCGCCUAAACCAUUCCGACCUAGCUGGUGAAGUAGACGGAUCAGGAGUCUACUGCAAGAAAGCCAAGAUUUCAUUGAUACGAAUCCUGCUGCGAAUCGUAGACCUCUGCGUCUCGCUGACGGAUCUACUCAACCUCGCCCACCGCCUUGAAUUCUCAAGAGGUGGAGACAGCGAACAAUGGCUUCCCUAUCUGCAGCAGGUCAGGACAGUGAAGGAAGCCCUGAGAACUUGGCACGAAGUGACAAAGUCUGAGUUUUCCUGCUCCCUGGAGCAACUGAGAAGCGCCAGCAAGUAUGAUGAACAAUGCAAGGCCGUGGCAGUUCAACUUCAUGUGAUGUACAUGUAUUAUCACUCUGCAGGAAUAGCAUUAGCCCAUUACGAGAUACUACUCACUACAAUGGUGAUUCCUACCGGCACACCAUAUACCAUGCUUAGGCCUUCAUAUCUUUCCAAGCUAUUUUGCGAGCUCCAAGAUGCAUCUGAGGAUCUCUCCGACUGUCUUGAUGGCCUUCUAAAAGAGGAUCUAAUACCAUUACUUCCUAUUAGCACUCUGGAUCUCUACACCACACAUGACGACUCCUAUACUGCUAAGGUAUUGAGAAAGGGUCGCCUUGAUGCCCUGACUGAAGCAAUGAACAAGUUUGAGCAGACAUACGAUGGCGUCGAGUGGGUGAAGAGCAUCCUUAGACAAGUAAUCGAUCUUGGUGAGUCUCGCCUUAGCGAAGCUACCAAAGAUCGAGAGUGGAGAAGGAAUCUUUCAUCAUCACCAGCCCCGUAUUUGCGCAUAGCAUUCACUAUCGAAUUCAGUCUCAGCCGAAGUUAUUUGUUUCAGGAGGCGGAUGCUCCAGCAUAUUUAAAGACCGUCUUCAAGGACACGAACCCCAUCAUGGGCCGCUCUGAAUCGACAUGGAUGCUCCAACCUAACUUUGGUAUGCGUGAUACAGCGGAGGCUUUAGAUGAGGAUUGGGAGAAGCUUUUGCAACUACAGAGCACGGCAGAGGACUCUGCCCUUGGAUCAGAAUCUACCAAUACGAGUGUUGUCACUCCUAUGGACGGUUAUCUUGACUUUUUCGACUUGGCCGUAGGAGAAGGUACUCUUUGA